UGAGCAUCGCUGCUGCACUGAACGACGACGAUGAACUGUGCCACACUCUCAACUGUCGUUCAAGUAGCCAUGGACCUUGUGGACUCGGACAGUGAUGAGGAGUUCGAUGACUUGGUCGUAAUGUUGGCCGUAAAGCUGGUGAGGAAAGACCGAAAUCGUAUUCCACGAUACUAUGAAGACGUCGUUGGCAGCUAUUUUGAGUUUGAGUUUAAGCGGCUCUUCCGACUGUCACGCGAGACCUUUAACUGUCUUGCAGACCGCUAUCAAGCGUCACCGUUCUUCCCAGCAGCUCGUGGAGGGCGCGCGCGAAUCAGUGCCGAAAAAACGUGUCUCAUCGUUUUGAGCUAUCUUGGGAGCCAGUGCAGCAUGUACUCAAUUGCAGACAGAUUUGAUGUUACAGAGUCAUCUGUGCACGCAUGCAUUGAGAGGGUGCUCAACCUUUUACAUAGCAUGAGUGAAGAAGUGAUCGCAUGGCCGGACCAGCAAGAGCAAGAACGUAGCAAGGGUGGCUUCUUAAUAAAGAGCGCUGGGAAGGGGCCACGAAACACAAUUGGCUGCGUGGACGGAAGCCACAUAGAGAUAAACACCCCGACCGAAUCCCCGCACUCGUACUUCAACCGGAAAAAGUUUCCUUCUUUGAUCCUGCAAGGCAUAUGCAACCAUGAGAAUAGGUUCAUAGAUGUGCUAAUUGGAUUUCCCGGCUCGGCGCACGACGCCAGGGUGCUCCGCGAAGGCCCCUUUUUUGAAGCUGCAGCAACCAAAUGCAGCAAUGGUUACAUCUUGGGGGAUUCAGCCUAUCCGUUGCUACCAUGGCUUAUGACGCCUUACAAGGAUACGCAGCGGAGCUUCCCCUCCUGGAAAAGGAAAUAUAACAAGUGCCAUUCUCAGCAGCGAGUUGCCAUUGAGGUGGCAUUUGGUAUACUCAAGCAGCGAUUUCGCAGGCUGUACUUGGUGGACGCAGCCAGCAUCAAGCAGUGCUGCCUUAUAAUCAUGGGCGCAUGCGUCCUGCACAACUUAUGCAAUGAGGAGAAAGAUUUCUUCGAAGAGCUGCAGGAACUCCCGGAUUUAGAGGAAGUCGGAAACGAUGAGGACAGUGGCAAUGUUGUUGACCGCAGUGUGGCAGGCUACAGUGAGAGCCUGCGAAAGGCAAUUGCCGAAAAGCACUGCUAAAACACAGAGUUGCAUAUCCUUGUGCCGCUAGCAGUACUUAUGCAGAUAAGUUUUGCUUCACUCUGUGUAAUGCUGCAAAUGUACUUUCUGAGACAAUGUUUGUGAAAGAUAGAGAAUCGAGACGUUUGGGGCCUGCAAGCCCCAGGCUACUUUGUAUGGUUGUCUUGUGUUGCGUGCUGAUAAUACACAACACACCC